AUGGCAACCGACGCCGACGCCUCGAGCCCCCAAGUGUUCUCCGCCGAGUCAUACUUUGCAACACAACCUCCACCCCCGACGCUUGAGAGCGACACCGCACGCGUGCGCGAGUUCGUGCAGCGGCAGGUGCACGCCGGGAGCAAGGUCGUUCUCGUAACCAGCGGCGGGACGACGGUACCGCUCGAGCUCAACGUCGUACGGUUCCUCGACAACUUCAGCGCCGGUACGCGUGGGGCGACGUCCGCGGAGUACUUCCUCAAAGCCGGGUACGCCGUCAUCUUCAUGCACCGCCAGUUCAGCCUCCAGCCGUUCAGCCGGCACUACUCGCACUCGACGCACCCGUUCCUCGACUUCCUCGACAUCGAGGACGCCUCGUCCGCGGAGAUCGCGGUGCGCCCCGGCGAGCGCCCGCAGCUGCUCCGCGUCCUCGCGGCGUACAAGGAGGUGCAGCGCGCGGGAAAGCUCCUCACGCUCACGUUCGUGACGGUGAACGACUACCUGUGGCUGCUGCGCGCGGUGAGCCAGGAGAUGGGCGUGCUCGGGCGCAGCGGCCUGUACUACCUCGCCGCCGCGGUCAGCGACUUCUUCCUCCCGCGGCAGAAGAUGUCGGAACACAAGAUCCAGUCAGGGAAGGGCAGCCUGCACAUUGAGAUGGACCAGGUGCCGAAGAUCCUCAAGCCGCUCGUGGCGGAGUGGACGCGUGAAGGGUUCAUCGUUUCGUUCAAGUUGGAGACGGACGAACGGCUCCUUGUCCCAAAGGCGCGACAAGCAUUAGCGCGGUACGGACAUCAGGUAGUGGUUGGGAAUGAUCUCCACCGGCGCAAGUUCGAGGUGGUGUUUGUGUCACCCAAACCGGGCUCGGCCUCGCGAGACGAAGUGGAUAGGGAUUAUGAGGAGUCUUGGUUGCGGAUAGAUCUGGAGAAGGAUCCUCAGAAAGAGAUUGAGGACGAUAUAGUCGGCGAGUUGUUGCAGAGGCACGAGCGGUGGAUUCAGAGUGGGGUGACUCGCUGA